ACCAGUCCGUGCUACCGCUAGCUCCUGCUCCCUGUGCUCUCCUUUCACUCCGGGACUCCCAGGAAUGGACUUUGGAAAGGAAAUCACUGCAAUUAAGUGGUGAAGUGGGAAAGCUGCUGCUGGAGUCCUGACUCAUAUGGAACCUGCUGCGGGGAGAGGCUGCCGGGUGGCCAAGACCAUGGGAGACGUGAAACUAGUUGCUUCAACCCACAUUUCCAAAGGUUCUCUUAAUGCUCGACCUUCGGGAUUCAGCUCCUCCUCCUUAAAUGAGGCCCCCACCUUCACCCUGCCCCCCAGGAACCUCUGUGUCCCUGAAGGUAGCACAGCCAGGUUUGAAGGGAAGGUCAGAGGGCAACCAGAGCCACAGGUGACAUGGCACAAGGAUGGAAGACGCAUUACCCAAGGAGGGCGCUUCCGGCUAAGCAGCAACAUCCGGGGUCUGUUCAGCCUUGAUAUUCAAUCUGUGAAAGGGGACGAUGGAGGAAAGUACACAUGUGAAGCUUCCAAUAGUAGUGGAGUCCAGCAGAUCACCGUGGAGCUGAAUGUGGAAGGAAGCUCUGUGAAGACGUAUAGAGAGUCUUCUGGUGCCAAGGCCCUAGGGGGCAGACUGGCAGCCCCCACAGAUAACCUGCCAAGCAUCUGGGGAGAGAGCCCUCCCAGGUUUGCUACCAAGCUCAGCAGGGUGGUGGCAAGAGAGGGACAGACAGGCCGCUUCUCCUGCAAGAUCACCGGCCGCCCCCAACCCCAGAUCACCUGGCUGAAGGGGGAGGUCCCACUGGAGCCAAGUACCCGUAUCCAUAUGCUUGAGAAGACUGGGGUGCAAGUGUUGGAGAUCCAGGAGGUACAGCUGUCUGAUGUGGGUGUCUACACAUGCAUAGCAGUGAAUGUAGCAGGGAAGGCAUCCAUGUCUUCUGAGCUCAUCAUCCAAGGUACUGAUAAGACAAAUAGAUGCUCCUUGAGUGCAGUUGUGGCUGAAAGUUCAGAAACAAAGAAAGCAACAGCUGACCGAAUCUCAAAAUACUCCCAACCAAGUGGUGUAGAAAGUGUCGAUAAGAGCUACAAUCAUGCUGACCUCCCAAGAAACUUCUCCAGGGAAAAUGAACGAGCACACAGACAACUCCACUCACCGAGUGAGCCUUGUCCAGAACCCUUCCACAAGCUGAAUGAGAAAGUCCCAGAUGUAGCCCCGGUCCUUCAGAAGACAUCAAGCACCAUCAUCCUGCAGUCAGUAAGAGCCCCUGGGGAAAACAAGCCACAAGCCAUGGGCAGCCUCCCACUUCGAAGGGAAGAGAAGAAGAUGUCCACAGCUCAGCCUACAGCCUCUCUUUUCACCAAGGAACCGGAUUCGAAGAGCCAGGAUCUGGAGACCAAAAUAGCCACCAAGAAAAUUACUCUAGAAAACCGAAAAAACAAGAUCCUUGGGGAGUCCCCCCAAUUCUUGACACAGCCUGAAAGUCAGGAAAUCCAGGAAGGGGACGAAGUCAAGUUCAAAAGUCAGGUUUCAGGGACUCCAAAGCCAACUGUGGAAUGGUUCCGGGGCAAUACCCUUCUAAUGGAAAGUAAAGGGAUCCAGAUCUAUGAAAAUGAGAAUGGUACCCAUUGCCUGUGCCUGCAGAAGGCUCAGAUGGAAGACAGUGGCAGCUAUAGCUGCAUGGCCUACAACAGCCAAGGCCGGGUGACCAGCCGGUGGAUGCUGACAGUUAGAAGAAGACCACGAGCCAGUCAGAUGGCCCCCUCUUUUUCCAGUGUCCUCAAGGGUUGUACAGUCAUAGAGGGUGAGGACUUUGUACUACAGUGCACAGUAGAGGGGAAGCCCAUACCAUAUGUCACCUGGCUACUCAAUGAUCAGCCUAUCCAAUACGCCCACACAACUUUCGAGGAUGGUGUGGCUGAAUUGCAAGUACAAGAUGCAUUACCUGAGGACAAUGGUCUCUAUACCUGCCUCGCUGAGAAUCCUUCGGGCCGGGCAUCCUGCAGUGCCCUGGUUACUGUUCAGGAAAAGAAGAGCAGUAAAGAAAUUGAUUUCCCUACAUCGGGGGUUCCCAGUGGCUCAUCCCCACCCAUCUUCCUGAAAGGCCUCUCUGACCUUGAAGUCAUGGAUGGAAGCCAAGUAAUCAUGACAGUUCAGAUAUCAGGGAACCCACCACCUGCACUCCUCUGGCUUCAUAAUGGGAAGGAGAUCCAGGAGUCAGAGGACUUCCACUUUGAACAAAAUGGCAAUGAGCACAGUCUUUGCAUCCAAGAAGUGUUCCCUGAGGACACUGGCAGAUACACCUGUGAGGCUUGGAACAGCCUGGGUCAGGUCCGAAGUCAUGCCGUGCUCACUGUACGAGAGCCGCAAGAUGGCACUCAGCCAUGGUUCAUUAGCAAGCCUCGUUCGGUGACAGCCACCCCAGGCCAGAACGUCCUGAUCUCCUGUGCCAUUGCCGGGGACCCUUUCCCUACUGUGCAGUGGCUCCGAGAUGGUCAGGUGCUCACCAAAGACGCCGGCUACUCAGAGGUGCUGCAGAAUGAAGAUGUGUUCACCAUGGUGCUGAAAAAUGUACAGUCCUCUCAUGCGGGCCAGUAUGAGAUCCAACUUAAGAACCGGGUGGGCGAAUGCAGCUGCCAGGUGUCCCUGAUGCUUCAAGAGGACCCUUCUGGGGCCCUGAGAGAAGCCAUCCCCAUUCGACCGAGGAAAGAGGCUGCCAGCUGUGAAGGACUGGCUGGAGGAGGAGGCCUUGGCAGUGGUGGUGACCAUCAUGGAACACUAAGCCCCCUGGGCCUGGGGAGCAGGCUGAGCUGGAGACCUGAAGAGGAGGCUGAGGACGUGCGGGGGGUGCUUAAGAGGCGAGUGGAGACCCGGGAGCACACUGAGGACCGGCUCCGACAGCAGGAAGCGGAGCAGCUGGACUUCCGAGACCUCCUGGGGAAGAAGGUGUGCACCAAGACUCUGUCAGAGGAAGAGCUGAAGGAGAUCCCAGCCGAGCAGAUGGAUUUCCGCGCCAACUUGCAGCGGCAAGUGAAGCCAAAAACAUUAUCGGAGGAGGAGAGGAAGGUGCAUAGCCCCCAGCAGGUUGACUUCCGCUCCGUGUUAGCCAAGAAGGGGGGUCCUAAGGCCCCUGUACUGGAGAAGGCAGCACCUCCCAAACCAGCCACCCCGGAUUUUCGUUCUGUGCUUGGCAACAAAAAGAAGUUACCUGCAGAGAAUGGCAGUGCCAAUGCCGAACCCCUCAAUGCCAAAGCAGGAGAGAAUGCCAAGCUGGUUGAGAACACCAGGCUGAUAGGGAAAGGGAAUGCUAAGUUAGCCGAAGCCCAGAAGCCUUUUGGGGAUGCCAAGUUAGCUGAUACCCAAAAAUCUGUUGGGAAUGCCACCCCAGCUGAAACCAAGAAGCCUGUGGGGAACACCCAGCCAGCAGAACCCCCAAAACCAGCAGGGAAAGAGGAACUAAAGAAUGAGGUUGUCAAUGAUGUGAACAGCAAACGGGCCUGCACGGGAGCUGUAGACAGUGAUAAGACUGCAGAAAGAAAAGGGACUCCCCCGAGCUUCACAGAGAAACUCCAGGACUUACGUGUGGCAGAGGGCAAAAGACUUUUCCUUCAGUGCCAGGUUGUAUCUGAGCCACCAGCCACCAUUACUUGGACACUGAAUGGCAAGACCCUCAAGACCACCAAGUUCAUCGUCCUUGCCCAGGAAGGCUCACUGUGUUCUGUCACCAUUGAGAAAGCAAUGCCUGAGGACAACGGUGUGUACAAGUGUCUAGCCAAGAAUGCCGUGGGCCAAGCUGAGAGCUCUUGCCAUGUGACCGUGGAUGAUGCUCCACAAAGUCAGAUGAAAUCUCGACGCCCUAAGAGCUCAGUCCCUCCUGUCCUAGGAAGCGAAAGUGAUGCAACAGUGAAAAAGAAACCUGCCCCCAAGACGCCCCCGAAGGCAGCUCUUCCCCCCCAGAUCACCCAGUUCCCAGAGGAUAAGAAGGUUCGAGCUGGCGAGUCUGUGGAGUUAUUCUGUAAAGUUGCAGGCACACAGCCCAUCACUUGCACCUGGAUGAAGUUCCGAAAGCAGAUCCAAGAGAGUGAGCACAUCAAGAUCGAGAGCAAUGAGAACGGCAGCAAGCUGACGAUCCUCGCCACCCGGCAGGAGCACUGUGGCUGCUAUACACUGCUGGUGGAGAACAAGCUGGGCACCAAGCAGGCACAAGUCAAUGUCACUGUUGUGGAUAAGCCAGACCCCCCAGCGGGCACCCCCUGUGCCUCAGAUAUUCGGAGCUCAUCACUAACCCUGUCAUGGUACGGUUCUUCAUAUGAUGGGGGCAGCGCUGUGCUGUCCUACAGUGUGGAGAUCUGGGACUCAGUGGACAAGGAGUGGAAAGAAUUGACCACAUGCCAAAGCACCUCCUUUAGUGUCCAGAACUUGCUGCCAGAUCGAGAAUACAAGUUUCGUGUGCGGGCAAUCAAUGUAUAUGGAACCAGUGAACCCAGCCAAGAGUCAGAGCUCACCACAGUGGGAGAAAAACCUGAAGAACCCAAGGAUGAAGUGGAACUGUCAGAUGAUGAUGAGAAGGAGCCCGAGGUAGACUACCGGACAGUGGCAAUCAACACCGAAAACAAAGUUGCUGAUUUCUAUGACAUCGAGGAGAGAUUAGGAUCUGGGAAAUUUGGACAGGUCUUUCGACUUGUUGAAAAGAAAACUGGAAAAAUUUGGGCAGGGAAGUUCUUCAAGGCAUAUUCAGCAAAAGAUAAAGAGAAUAUCCGGCAGGAGAUCGACAUCAUGAACUGUCUACACCACCCCAAGCUUGUGCAAUGUGUUGAUGCCUUUGAGGAGAAAGCCAAUAUCGUCAUGGUCUUGGAAAUUGUAUCUGGGGGUGAGCUGUUUGAGCGAAUCAUCGAUGAAGACUUUGAGUUGACUGAACGGGAGUGUAUCAAGUACAUGAAACAGAUUUCAGAAGGCGUGGAGUAUAUCCAUAAGCAGGGUAUUGUCCACCUUGACCUCAAACCUGAGAACAUCAUGUGUGUCAACAAGACUGGGACCAGGAUCAAGCUCAUUGACUUUGGAUUGGCCAGGAAACUAGAAAAUGCAGGUUCCCUGAAGGUCCUCUUUGGCACACCAGAGUUUGUGGCCCCUGAAGUGAUCAACUAUGAGCCCAUCGGCUACGCCACAGACAUGUGGAGCAUUGGAGUCAUCUGCUACAUCCUGGUCAGUGGACUUUCCCCCUUCAUGGGUGACAAUGACAAUGAAACCUUAGCAAAUGUUACCUCAGCCACCUGGGACUUCGACGAUGAAGCAUUUGAUGAAAUUUCUGAUGAUGCCAAGGACUUUAUCAGCAACUUACUGAAGAAGGACAUGAAGAACCGCCUGGACUGCACCCAAUGCCUUCAACAUCCAUGGCUAAUGAAAGACACCAAAAAUAUGGAAGCCAAGAAGCUGUCCAAAGAUCGGAUGAAGAAGUACAUGGCAAGAAGAAAAUGGCAGAAAACAGGCAAUGCUGUGAGAGCAAUAGGAAGACUGUCCUCUAUGGCAAUGAUCUCGGGGCUCAGUGGCAGAAAGUCCUCUACGGGGUCACCAACUAGCCCUCUAAAUGCAGAGAAGCUGGAAACAGAAGAAGAUGUCUCCCAAGCUUUCCUUGAGGCAGUUGCUGAAGAGAAGCCCCACGUGAAACCUUACUUCACUAAGACAAUUCUCGACAUAGAGGUCGUGGAGGGAAGUGCUGCUAGAUUUGACUGCAAGAUAGAAGGCUACCCAGACCCUGAGGUCGUCUGGUUCAAAGACGACCAGUCCAUCAGGGAGUCUCGCCAUUUCCAGAUAGACUACGAUGAGGAUGGGAACUGCUCUUUAAUCAUCGCUGAUGUUUGUGGGGAUGAUGAUGCCAAAUAUACCUGCAAAGCCGUCAACAGCCUGGGAGAAGCCACCUGCACUGCUGAGCUCAUUGUGGAAACCAUGGGCAAAGAAGGGGAAGGUGAAGGAGAGGGUGAAGAGGAGGAAGAAGAGGAAGAGUAACAUAAGGCUACAAAGAAAGAGCCUUUUCCAAAUCCUAUUAUAAAGACUGUUUCGAUCAAGUUCAGGAAAAACAAAAACCAAAACCACCACCACCAAAAUAUUCAAACCACCUAGUGUGAUAGAUUAUCUGUUUAGGUCAUUUGGGGGUUGAUUCUUCAGCAUGAUCAGUUGAUACCUCUCAGCUUUAUUUAUGGGCAUUAAUCUGAAUUAGCAGGCACCUUAACAUGCUAAAGGGGCCAGUUUUAGAGUAGAAAAGCCAUCCGAUCAUUUGCCUGACCAAUUUGGUUUUUUAUUUAAUUUUAUUUUUCAGUUAACCAAAAUCUUUUUCUCUCUCUCCCACCUCCCCUCCCAUUGAAGGAAAAACAACAACAACAAAACACCUUAUAACCAAUAUGCAUAAUCAAGCAAAAUAAAUUCCAACAUUGGCAAUGUCCAAAAAAAUAGACAGGAUGAUCCCAAAGUCUUAAUGCAGUUUUAAGCCAUAAGACAGAAGACUUUGGAGAUACCCUGUAGGUCUCAUUCAGGACCCCCAAAUCCAUCACUCUUCUGUCAGGAGGUGGGCAACAUGCUUAAUCACUAGUCCUCUGGAAUCAUGCUUUGAUCAAAUUGUUUUUCUACGGAAAAGAGUGGAAAAAUCCUUAUCCAAGUUGUGUUUCUAAAAUCCCCCUCCCCCACCUUUGAGAUCUUUUAUGACAACUCAGACUAUAGCCUGGGUCCUGGUCAAGACCACAGCAGCGAACGUGUCUUCUAAGUUCUUUGUGGAUUUCUGAGGUUUCUUCUCCUAGAUCCAUGACACCAGGAAACACUUUCUGGUCUACCUAUGCAGGCCUUUGUUUUGGAACCAAUGGAAUCCUUUUAAAUUUAAAAGGUAAAUUUUAUUUGCAAGUGUGCCACUGCACCUGGGGCCUUUAAUCCUUCACUACCCCUCCAGAUUCUCUUGGAUAUGAACUCAAUAGCUGCUCUAUUUAGCCCUGAGAUCCAUACCUAGUACAUCACUUCCCACUAGACACUGUACUGACAUACUGGGAAAAAAAUACAGUAUCAUCUUAACCAAGUGGAAAAAAAACCCAACUUUUCUUUCCUUGCAAGUGUCUAAUAGCUUCAGAUAUCUGUGCAGGAAAAAAGCAUAACUUAAGGGGGGGGAAAUCAAAAUGCUGGCCAAUAAAUCUCUUCAUCAAUCAGGAGUCAGAUUAUGUGCUAUUACUUGUUAUCAAUCAAGCACAUGUAAGUAAAGAUUUUUGUGCUGGAAUGUGCAAAAAUCAGUUUGGUAAAAAAGGUAAUCUUCUGUCAUGGUUAUUAUUAUUUAUUUGGCCACUAUGAAAGAGAACUCAACUGAUGACUUAGCUGUAGACCAUCAUGUACUUUGGAAUCACCUUCAAAAGUAGUCUUAGAGUUGAAUUAUUCUUUUAUUCCAAACACUUUCCAAAGAAGCUUGUGUACCCUAUAUGUUCCACAGUGUUUUUCAUCUUGAAUGUGCAACAAAACCUGCCCCCGCCCCAAGCGCUGUGAUUGCUCCUCAGGUCUGAUAAAUACACUCAGACUUUGCAUCUUUGAUCCUUAAGUCCUUUAUUCUCUUUCACAGUCUUAGCUAGCACUUAGCUGUUUCUUAUUCAAGGGUAAUAACAGAGGCCUUGAGCUGAUGUGCAAAAUGCAUUUUGUUUGUGUGUAUAGCAUUCCAAAUAUAUAUAUUUUAUAUAUAUGUAUAUUUAUAUAUACAUAUAUAUUUUUUCCUUUUCCCCUCUUUGUAAUGUGCAUCAAUUUAAAAUGUCAGGGAAAAAGGAUAGUUCUUAAAAGUUCCUUAAACCAUUUCUCAAUGAACAAUCCGUGCAAUCCUACAGAGUAUCAACUUUAGGAUGUUUGAUAUUACCUAGUUUUAUGUCUCUUACUUUAUUUUAUGUUUUAUGUUUUAAUGAACUUUGUAUCUGCUUUGCUCUUUGCUGCUAGGUUCAAAUUGCCAGAGUGUCUUUUCUUUCUUUUAUAAACAAAUGUUUGUUUUCAUAGCCACAAUAUUGCCACAGUCCAUUAUAAGGAAGGGGUUUUCAUUUGAUUUAGUGCAUUCAGAGCUUUUCUCACCAUUUUAAAAUGUGUUUAGAUAAUAAUGAUGUGUGCGCCAUGUGUGUGUAUAUGUGUGUUUGGGGGGGUUUUUUAUACCUUCUUGAAAUUAUGCUAACGUUUUCCCCAGUUUGUUAUACCAUCAAAAUGGUAAGAAAUGAGAACACUACAGCUGUAGUUAACUCACAAUUUUUAAAUAAAGAAUACCACAAAGCA